AUCAAACGAUUAUAACAUCUGAAUCAUCGCAUUACAGUGGCGGGAAAAAACCAAAGAGGGGAGUGAGAAUCAACUCGUUUCUUCCUAGGGUUUUGAAAAAUCUGAGGAAAAUGGAGAGGAGAAAGAGAGUCAGGGGAAGGAAUAAUGGAGGAAUAGAAGAGAACACAAUGGCAAUUCUGGAUACUUCUGGUUUCAAUAGAGACUCUCAUCACCGCCAUGACGAUAGUCUUGCUUUUCUGGAAGCUAUUCGCUCUGCUUCGUUACUUCCGGAUCAUGGAACACCACCUACCAUCACAAUGCGGGAAGCCAUUUUCCAAAUUUUGAAGGAAGAGACUUCACUUGAGCUAAUAAUGGGUAGUUAUCAACUUCUAAAUGAGUUGGAUAAGCGCUUUCCUAGGGUGUGCUUGCCCAAAAUGGAGAAACCAGAAUCAUGUCUGCCACCAACCAUUCUCAAUGAACCUGGUUUAGUUGAAGAGGCCUGGUGUCCAUUUUCUCUAGGAUUGGAUAGGGACGAGGAAGCAAAUAAAGGCUCAAGUGGAUCAAUUGACCCCUUGGGCUUUCAUUCACUAAUACAAGAACUUGGGAAAAUGAUCAACCAGAAGUCAAAAGCAUUAGAAACAAAGAUAUUAAGGAAGAUGCUACUACUUCACUAUCUUGUCGGUGUGCUUGAAGCAGACUUUGUGCCUCGUAAUAAUGCAUUUAAAGAGAAGAUGAGUUGGACCCUUUUGCGGGAUUCGUUGCUCAACAUGCUUUUGGGGUCAAGAAAACUAAUCUACAAAGGCCUAGUCAAGGACUGUCUGUCGGUUAUAUGUGAUGUGCGCUCUGACUUAUCUGACCAAUCUGAGUCCACCUCUGAUGUGGAUUCACUGGCACCUCAUUCAAACGAAAUGUCAUAUAAUUGCACUGCUGCUUUUGUACUAGCUUUACCUGAACUCAAACAAUCUACUUGUAUCUAUCUGAAGAAGCUCCUCAGAAUGAUGAUGGAGCUGGAUAUAUCACGGAACGUGGCAGAUGUUCAAGGCCUUACCAACAGAGCUGAUGGUGUGAGAACACCUGCUGCAGAGAUCAUUUUGGAUGAGCUCGCUUACAAUUCUGAUAUGCUCUCACCCUUUUUUCAGGUCUUUGAUGACCCCUGGUGGAAGCUAAAAAUGAUCAUGCAGUAUUUUCAAAAGUACACGCCUAAGUCUUCUGUUCGUACGAGGAGAUUAAACAGUCAAGUGAAUGAUUCCACAUUUGAAGGUAUUUUGAAGUGCUUCUCAAAUAGCAGCAGCACGAAGAGUAUCAUAAAAAAAGUUGGAACAGAUGUUGCCCAGCUGCUUCUAGGACAUGCCUUUUUGGCCUACUUGUCAGUAUCGGUGGAAUCUUCUGCUGAACAUGUUCAUGAUUUCGAAGAGAUAGUUAAAGGAAGCUGUCUCACAGAAAUCUGCAAGCUCAUAAUAGCCGCUUUUACAGCUAUCAGAAAAGAAGACAAGAACACAGAAAUUCUACCUUUUGGUAAAGAAGCAGUGUUUACAGCAGCAACCAUUCUCUCAACAAAGUCAUAGGAGAAGAGGCUACUAUUUGUUGCUGGCAAUGUAUAUAUGUUCAAAUGGACGCAAUUAGCAAGACCUCUUGAAGUUGGCCAAGUGAUUUUUUUCACACAGCAAUAGGGGUAAAAAGUUGGUCAAGGAAACCUCAGUGUACCUAUGUGCCUUCUAUGGUGAUUGGUGAAAUUUAAUUCACCUCUAAUUUUGUAACGGCACUAUAUGAUAGCUAAAUAGAUUUGCAUUAUUAGUUUCUAUAUCUUCUGGCUGGUGAACUGAUUAAGGCACUCUUUGAUAGUAAUAGGAACUGAUGUAGGCACUCUUGUAGCCAAAGGAAACCCAAAAAAAUGCAACACUGUCUAAGGAGAUUGGCAAAUG